AUGCCGGUGAUACUCGAACUCGAAGAUGAAGCCCCACCAAUGGUGUCCAACGUCUUCACCCUUGCUGUCCAAAGGUUGAAGAGGGAAGAAUGCAACCUUUCCAUCACACCCAGAUGGCGGAAUCGAGUUUUAUAUAGUGUUUACAUUCUUGACUUAUUUAAUUGUGAUACAAGUCAGGUUAUUGUUGGGCCUUGUGACUGGGAGGACUAUUCAGUGGGCAAGGAUGGAGCUGAAAGGUACAGAGUUCAUAACCUCCCUGAAUAUGAGAGUCCAGGAGUGUAUGAACUUGCCGUUGCUGUUUCACCUAGUGGUUUAGGCCGUGGGAUCAAAGCGGAUCAAAUAGUCCCGGUUUAUGUUGGACAAGCUGAUAGUGCGAGGACAAGGCUUCAGCAUUAUGGCCGGAGAGGGGCUCAUUUGGGGAAGUCAUGCUCAGUUGGGAAUGGGAGUGAGCUAAUCUGUAAAGGGCCUGGAUUAUUUGAGGAGAUGCUGGCAAGAGGCUACACCAUUGUCUAUAGAUGGGCUCCUAUGAGAACCAAAAAUGAGGCGCUGAGAACAGAAAGGAAGCUGCUUGACACAUUUGAUUAUGCAUGGAACAGAAAUUCCAAUGCGUCACGGCGCCGUGAUGACGUUCUUCAGAAACUCAAGAAAAUUUCCUCAAAAUCAACCAGAUUUACUGCUACUGUCCCAAGGCAUUUACCUUUCAGACAGAAGCAAGUCAGUAUUAGAAUAAACUCCAGCAAUCUGAUUUCAACAGAGAAAAAGUUCAGUGACUAUGCUGAUAAGGAGAGCAGGAAUCUCAUACCCCAAGUUAUCAAGUUUGGCAGAUCACAGCCUAGGUUAGUUUUGGAUGGAAGUGGGAUUACUCAGGAAAAUACUAUAGUUUGUGGGGUGGCUAUUGGUGAUGGGCCCAUAUGUAGAAAGGCACCAGUUCAAGGAAGAAAGAGGUGUGCUGCACACAAAGGGAUUAAGAAUACUGGAUCGACUACAGAUAGCAACAGAGAGUGGGUUUCAUUCGAAAGUGGUAUUACUUGGGAGAACACUGAAAUUUGUGGGGUGGCUGCAGGUGAUGGGUCUACCUGCAGAAGGCCUCCAGUUCAAGGAAGAAAGAGGUGUGCUGAACACAAAGGGAUGAGGAAUACUGAAUCGACUACAGCUAGCACCAGAGAGUUGGUUACAUAUAAUAGUGGUGUUACUUUGGAGAACACUGAAAUUUGUGGGGUGGCUGCAGGUGAUGGGUCUAUUUGUAGAGUGCCUCCAGUUCCAGGAAGAGUGAGGUGCGCCAUGCACAAAGGGAUGAGGAAUACUGGAUUGACUACUGCUAGCAACAGUGAGCUGGUUACAUAUAAAAGUGGCAAUACUUUGGAGAACACUGAAAUUUGUGGGUUGGCUGCAGGUGAUGGGUCUACCUGUGGAAUGCCUCCAGUUCCAGGAAGAGUGCGGUGUGCUAUGCACAAAGGGAUGAGAAAUACUGAAUCGUCUACAGCUAGCAACAUAGAGUUCUUUCCAUAUAUAAGUGGUAAUACUCGGGAGAAUACUGAAAUUUGUGGGAUGACUGCAGGUAACGGGUCUAUUUGUAGAAGGCCUCCGGUUCCAGGAAGAGUGAGGUGUGCUAUGCACAAAGGGAUGAGAAAUACUGAAUCGUCUACAGCUAGCAACAUAGAGUUCUUUUCAUAUAUAAGUGGCAAUACUCGGGAGAAUACUGAAAUUUGUGGGGUGACUGCUGGUAACGGGUCUAUUUGUAGAAGGCCUCCGGUUCCAGGAAGAGUCAGGUGCGCCAUGCACAAAGGGAUGAGGAUUACUGAAUCGACUACAGCUAGCAACAGAGAGUUUGUUUCAUAUAGUAGUGGCAAUACUUGGGAUAACACUGAUAUUUGUGGGGUGACUGCAGGUAAUGGGUCUAUUUGUAGAAGGCCUCCAGUUCCAGGAAGAGUGAGGUGCGCCAUGCAUAAAGGGAUGAGGAGGUAG